CGAGCGCCCUCUACACAAUCGGAAGUUCCAGAGAGUGGGUGUUCUUUCUAUUAGAGUCUUUGGAAACAUGUUUUCGAGUGAGGUAUCUGUGUGCCCUUAAGCGACUCUGCUGGUGACCAAUCUCCAGUCUCUUAGCAUCUCUGGCCCUCCCCACAGUCCUGUCGUUGCUGCUGAAGUUACCAUUAGCAACUGGGCAGCGCCCGGGUGAGCACCUACACCCGCAGUCGAUGUUGACCUGGUAAAUUCAGUAGGUAAUCUCUCCUUGAAUUCCAGGCACAGCUCCUCGACAGGCAAGUGAAUCAUCAGGCUGUCGGGAUGUUUGUGAGGUUGGCCAUGGUUAACACGUAAGGUCGCAUUGAGUGCCACUGUCAUGUUACCAGGAGUGGGUGUGUUUGGCACGGGGAGCACAGCCCGAGUGCUGGUCCCAUUGUUGAAAGCUGAAGGCUUUGAGGUUCAUGCUCUCUGGGGGCGAAGUGAAGAAGAAGCGUGUUGCUUAGCAAAAGAACUUGGUAUCUCUUUUCACACCAGCCGAUCUGAUGAUGUUCUCCUACACCAAGAUGUCGACCUUGUUUGCAUCUAUAUUCCACCCUCAAUGACAAGGCAGAUUGCUGUCAAAGCACUGGGUAUAGGUAAGAAUGUUGUGUGUGAGAAAGCUGCCACUGCUGUGGAUUCAUUCAAGAUGGUGACUGCUGCCAGAUACUAUCCUCAGCUGCUCAGCGUUAUGGGUAAUACCCUGCGCUUCCUGCCAGCUUUUGUUGCAAUGCGCCAGCUACUGGUGGAGGGAUAUGUUGGUGAAGUGCAAGUGUGUGAUGUUCGAGUCUAUGGCCCCAGCCUCUUGGAUCAGUCUUAUGGCUGGACAUGUGAGGAGCUAAUGGGAGGAGGAGGACUACACACUGUUGGCUCUGCCAUCAUUGACCUUUUAAGUUACCUAACCGGUGCAAGAGCCUGUCGUGUUCACGGCUUAUUGAGGACCUUUGUACAGCAAAAUGGUCUGAUCCGAGGCAUCCGCCGUGUCACCAGUGAUGACUUUUGUUUCUUCCAAAUGUUGAUGAGUGGAACUGGGUCUAGCUCCAGUGGCGUGUGUUGCACCGUGACCCUCAACUUCAACAUGCCUGGGUCAUUUGUGCACGAGGUUAUGGUAGUUGGAUCCACCGGGAGACUGGUUGCCAGGGGGACAGAACUGUAUGGUCAGCGCAACGGGAGUACAGGUGAGGAGUUGUUGCUAGGUGACAGUGGGUGGGUUGGACCAGAGGUGAAAGAGAUGCCCCUGCCUCACCUGCGGGGGCUGAGCUCCAUGGUAAAAGCCCUGAGACAGUCCUUUCAGGCCCACGAGGAGCGCAGGUCGUGGGCACGAGGACCAGUUGCCAUUGCACCAACAUUUGAGGAUGGCCUGUAUGUGCAGACAGUGGUUGAGGCAGUGAAACGGUCCAGUUGUAGUGGAGAAUGGGAAUGUGUUGAGAUCAUGAGUCAAGAGCCAGAUCCGAAUCACAACCUGUGUGAGGCUCUGCAGAGAAAUAAGAGCUAAAUGUAUUUAUACGCCCGGUGCAACCACUACAUGUCUGUGACAAAACUGGGCUCUAAAAUGGUUUUAUUUUAAUUAAUCUGCUGAAGCAGUUUACAUUACACAUGACUACUUUUUCGUUUUCUUUUUCUUUUUUGCAUUUUCACACUCAUUUUCAUAUUUUGAGCGGAAUAUUUUGGCUAAGAAAACAAAACUCUGUUGUGGAUGUUUGUACUCUAAACUAGUUAACAAUAUCUUCAUUACUCUGAUUCUUGACAGAAAGUGUUAUAGUUGUUAUAUAGUGUUUAGUUUAGGUGUGUCAAAAUCUACCUGUGCCCCAUUGACAAUUUUAUUACCUUUUACAAUGCCAAAAGGUACACACAGUCUCACUGAAAGUAAAAGUCAUGACUGUAAGUUUUCUGCUGAAUAAUGUUGAUGUACAUAAUGUGUAUGUGUCUUACCUGUCAGAAAGACACCACACAUACAUCAGAUAAUAGGAAAGAGCAAAAUUACAAAAAAUAUUACAGUUAAAAAAAAACUACUUUCAGUUUAUGUAAGAACAUUGCCUCUAUCUUCACUCUAAGCAGCUUCUCUGGAUACAUAUCUGUAUUUAAGGAAAAAAAUGAGGGAGGUUUCUAUAAAUAAGCUUAUACUCCUCUUUUCUUUUGGUCAAGAGCUCAUCCUGAUGUGUGUCAGAAUGUUUUGGAGUAUUUCCCCUUUUAACAGUUAACUCAUCAGACCAUCAGUGUUUGCCAGAGUUGUAGAUUAAGAAACGCCAACAAAUGGUUGACACGGCAUCAGCACUAUCAGAGUUGUUACGCUAAUGCACAGUCACGUUCUGCUUUAUUUCGACAACCCAGUUUUUGGUCACGUCAACAAUGUGUUCAUAUUUUAUCAUUUAGUAAAUUAUCACUUGCUUUUCAGUUGAGUCCUUCACAAUUUGUCCAAGCUUCAAAUAUAGCAACUUGGCUCAGAUUAAAAAACAGCCAUAAGUGGUACAGUCCAGUGGAGAGAACAUUUCUAUUGAACAUAACAUUUUGAUGUUGAUGUAUUUCGGUGUUAAUUUAUUCCCAACACCAAUAGCACCUUGUUCUGAAGGGAAGUGUUUGCCUUACACAUGAAUGUGAACACCAGCACAUGAGGAUGAUUUGACUGGCAAAAUGGUCAUAUUGUUCAAAGUGUGGUGACUGGCAGAAUUCAAACAAUAUUUUAUUGGAGUUCAACCUGUCAUUUCAGAGUAAGAAUAAUGGAGCUGUGCAGAGUUUGGUUGAAUUAUUUUGAUUUUUGGAAUGUAUAAUUAGAAGUAUAUAUUCCAAAAGAGGCAAUGAUUGCAGUUGCGACUUCAUGUGUUAAGGUUUGUUUGUGUUAAGGUAUGCUAUGGUAAACAAGACACCAGGGACUGUGUAAAAUAAGCUAUGUAGAAAAUAAAAAUGAAGUCUAAUUUGUAGCAUCACCCCUCAAAAUGCUCAAAUGUCAAAGUGACACUAUUUCAUAUGGUAAAUCUUUGAGGAUCACUUGCACCCCGAUGGCUAGAAAAUUGUUAAAAUGUUAAGUUCUUAGUUUCCUUCUUCACAGAGCAGCAACAGUGAGCUGGAAUUCAUGGCUCCUGCUGUGGAUUUCAGUCGUGACAUGUUUUCAUAGUGGGGGGGACAAUUCUAAACACUUCUGUAUCAUCCAUAUUCUCUGUAUGUUCAUCCAUCAUUUCAUUUUAGCAAAACAUUUUAUGACCAGAUAAAUACUCAGAUGCUUCCAGAAGCUUCAGUGAGGGUGGUGGUGCCACACAGAAACAAGGUUUUUAGUCAUAUAUGGGGUAAACAUUGGUAUGUGGAUGUGGAGGCACAGAGGUAAAGUGGAUUAUGUCGCCGUGAGAGGGGCUCAUGUGAGUGUUGGGUAGCUGUUUUCCACUUUGAAAACUUGCCAUGAAUAGAAAUCAUUUUAACCACUGAAGCUGACUGUGAAGAAGGAAACCACCAACUUUUAACAGCUAUCAGUCAAGUUUACACAGGGUGAUGCUUAAGUGAUUGAUUUUAGGUGGACUAUCACAUCAGUCCUUACAUUAGCAAAAUCAGGCUUGACCUCGAAAUUACACAUUGACCUUUUAUUGUUGAACUGAUAAAGUUUUAGAUAAGAAGCCUGUGGAUAGUUGGCAAGUAAAUGUAACGUGUGAAAUGGUUUGUUUACAUGUGUUAACCUUUGAAGUAAUUUUAUGUUUUUAAAAGUUUUUUUUUUCAUGCAGUCUAUGCAUUUGAAAUUUUUCAAGAUGUUUAAUUAUCUUUUCAUGAGUUGAACCACUGAAUUUGAUGUGUGUGGUCGUAUAAAUGUGUGCCUCUCUAACAUGCUUCGGACUAAGAGGAGUGUUAAACAGUUUACGGUUGUUGUAGUCACUCACUGCAUCUCAGUACUGCUGAAUAUACUAAUAUUAUAAUAUUGGGCUUCACCACUCUAACUGCUGAGACAGGAGGCGUUGUAGAAGCAGUGUACUGCUUUGAUUUAAUUCAUCUGUUCCCUUCUUAGACCCAUGCAGCAUCUGCAGAUAAGGUUACAUGUAUGUUACACGCUUACCUCACGCUAUCCAAACAGUACUCAACAAAAACCAAUACGUCAGGUUUACAUUAGGUGUCUUUAUAAAACACAUCACUCUGGCCUGCAGGAUGUUCAGUAACCCACGACUAUCAAAAUGCAUUCCAGCUGAUUUUGUUAACAGAUGUUUUUUUUUUGUUUGUUUAAUUGAUUUUUUUUUUUUUUUUUUUUUUGCACUGAUAACUGAUAAAAUUCCACAUAUUUAAUCUGCAGUGUGAUGCUUGUUCCAGCCAACCCACUGCUAAAAUGAAUUUAACAUUUGACUGUAUGAGGAAGACUUUUUUUGUAUUUAUUUAUGUCCUGGUGUGGAGAAAACUUCCCAAUGUUUAUUCUGUUCAGUGUUUUUGUGUUUUCAGCCUGUGAAUUUCUUUUUAAAGCUGUAAUAUUUAAAUUGUUUAGAUUUAGCAUUAUUUUAAUUGAUAAUGUGUCAUUUUUGAGCACAGUGUGUUGCAUUUAAGUUGGGAAACUGUUCUGUUCCUCUUCCUGACAGACAUUUCCUUUAAUAAAUACUGUUGUAUUCA